AUGAUUUACACAAGAGGUAGAAUACGAUCUAGCCUACGACAUCUACCUUUACGCCUAUCGUUGAGAGGUACCGCAUUCCAUCGAUAUUUAAGCAAUCAGCCCACCACCACUGACGCGAUUAAUGCCAAACUCCAAUCCAUUCUUGAAACAGAACCAACACCAAAAGUAUUUCAAUUUCUCGUACAGAACCAUACACGAGUAGAUCCAGAAUUCUCCCUUACAUUCACUUACAAUCUCCUUCAGCAAAAUAAUUUACAAGCGGCGAUUUCAUUACAACAUUUGCUCUUGAGUAAUGAAAAUUAUCAAAUAUCUAAUGAAGUGUGGACUAUAAUCCUUAAUAAAGUAUGUUUAGAGUCGAAUUAUCUUGGGGCCAUGCUCAUUUUUCAUGAAUUGGUUGAUAAUCAUCGGUUCUAUGAUGAAGUUAGCUUUGCAGUACCUGAGAACGAUCAAAUACCAUUUAUUAUGAGCCCUCAAAAUCUUGUUCACUUGGCAAUGAUUUUCACAAAUAAUGGCGAUGCUAAACGAAUGCAAGGAAUUUUGCGGUAUUUUCGAAGAUUUUAUGCCUAUUUGGAUAAUCAAGAUGCAUACCAAUCAUUGCUUGCACUAAAUGUUGAAGUAUAUGCAGAAAUGGGGGAUUUGACAAUGGCAUUGACAAAGUUUCAGAAUUUAGCAUUUGCAUCAAGAGUGGCGUCCAGAAGAAAACAAAGGGCCAAAUUACGUAAAGAGUUUACUGAUUUUAACCAAUGGAGAUUAGACAAUAUUAAACUGAACCAAUACCGAUUUGACUUUAUUCCUACUUACCCACUUGAUAUUCAUCAGCAAUUGUUGGCACAAAUUUGCCAAAGUGGGAUAUACAACCCCGUUAUUCAGUAUAACGUAUAUACAUCACCAAUAAGCAACAGCUCCACCAGCAACAACCUCGUUAGCUCCAGCAUUGCAAUCAUUCAAAAUCCCAUCGCAUCUUCAGAUUUACCUCGAUUCCAACAUCUCAUCACUGAAUACAUCAAGCAAGAGGAAUUGUAUGAAUAUGAUAAGUUACUUCAGUUUAUGAAACCAAAUCACUACAGUUUACAUAUUUUUGUAAUAGCCGCCUUGUGCGAUUUGGAUAAACAUAAAAUUGCAUUUACCAUACUUAAAUCGUUGGCUUCAUAUGGUCAACGAUUAUGCAAGAGUCCGGCAUUUAUUACUUUACUUCAAACAACGCACAAUAGACCAGAGUUGUAUCCGUUGCGACUAGAAAUCCUCAAGUAUUAUCGCCUGUUGAACAAAGGCCAUGUUAAUUAUCCCGUGGCUGCAUACGUGUGA